CGCUCCUUACCUGGGGCUCCGGGCUGAGAUAUGAGGUUUUCUCGACGGCCAGUUGCUUUUCAUACUUUGGCACUUCUGUGUUGUCUGAGUCAGUGUGGGACAGCAGUGGAGAGACACUACUACAUUGCUGCAGUUAACAUUAAUUGGGAUUAUACAACAAAUGGAAUCGAUCGAAGUGUUGGUCCCAUCUAUAAAAAGACAGUGUACAGGGAAUAUGACCAAAGUUUCUUAAAGGCUAAAACAACUUCAUCGUCAGCAGGGCUGCUCGGCCCCACGAUUCGUGGCGAAGUUGGUGACACCAUCAUUGUCACGUUCAGGAACAUGGCGGAUCAUCCCUGUAGUAUUCAUCCACAUGGUAUAGCUUAUGGAAAACAGUCUGAAGGAUCUUUGUACUUUGACAACACAUCCCAGUUUGAGAAAGAGGAUGAUGUCAUACAUCCUGGCAAUGAGCAUCAAUACUACUGGGAGGUAACUUCAGAAGUGGCCCCACAGGCUGCAGAUCCCCCGUGUGUCACAUACACUUAUUUCUCACACAAUGAUAUUGUCAAGGACUACAACACAGGCCUGAUUGGUACACUACUAAUUUGUAAGACUGGCAGCCUUGAUGAAUCUGGAAAGCAGGUCCAUUUCCAUCAGGAAUUGACAUUGUUGUUUGGGGUGUUUGAUGAAAGCAAUACUUGGUACAGUGCAGGGGAAGCACCACUCAAGGACAAUGUGAAAUACACCAUCAAUGGCUUCACAAAUGGCUCUGUGCCUGACCUGAGUGUGUGUGCACACUCCAAAAUAACCUGGAAUUUGGUUGGUAUGAGUUCGGAGCCAGAGCUUUUUUCCGUGCACUUUAAUGGCCAGGUUCUACAGCAGAAUGGGCACAAGGUGUCUUCGAUCGGCCUUAUCAGUGGCACAGCUACUAGUGCAGAGAUGAUGGCCGUCUACCCUGGUCGCUGGCUUCUCUCUUCUCACAUUAGUAAACAUUUGGAAGCUGGUAUGCAUGGCUACCUGGAUGUUAAUUCAUGUAAUGAGUUUACUGCACCAAAGCGAAAGCUCACCAUACAACAAAAGCGAGAAAGCCAAGAAUGGAUUUACUACAUUGCAGCUGAGGAGACUAUUUGGGAUUAUGCCCCACAUUUGCCAGAAAAUGUGGACAGGGAUUUUCGGUCUACCUACUUAAAACAGGGAGCAGGACGAAUUGGCAAGAAGUAUAAAAAAGCGGUGUUUGUCAGGUAUACAGAUGAAUCAUUUAAGGAAAAGGCAGAGCACAAACAAAGGAAAAAGGAGCUGGGAAUUCUUGGUCCUGUGAUCAGAGCACAGAUCAGAGACAUAAUAAAGAUUGUAUUCAAAAACAAAGCAUCACGUCCAUACAGCAUUUAUCCCCAUGGCUUAACGAUUGAUAAAGCAGCAGAGGGCGUCAAUUACCCUGAGGGAGGGAACCAGAGUCAUGCAGUGCAACCAGGGGAGACUUAUACAUAUGUGUGGCGAGUCAUUGAAGAGGACGAGCCAUUAAAUAGUGAUUCAAGGUGUCUCACGAGGAUGUAUCAUAGUGCAGUGAACACCCCACAAGACAUUGCCUCCGGUCUUGUUGGACCACUUCUUAUCUGCAAAAGCCAGUCCCUCAGUACAAGGAAUGUCCAGCUGAGGGCAGACAAGGAGCAGCAUGCUAUGUUUGCAGUUUUUGAUGAAAACAAGAGUUGGUACAUAAGUGAGAACAUCCUUACAUACUGUGGAGACCCAAAAAAUGUGAAAAUAGAUGACCCAGAGUUCUAUAAAUCAAAUGUUAUGCACACAAUUAAUGGUUAUGUGUAUGAAAGUGGCCAAGUCCUGGGGUUUUGCAAUGGUGAGAUUGCAACAUUGCAUGUGUCUAGUGUUGGAGAACAAGAUGACAUCCAAACAGCCACAUUUUAUGGACACACAUUUGAGCUGAAUAACAGAGAAGAGGAUAUCCUCAGUCUGUUCCCCAUGACAGGCGAGACAAUCUCCAUAAACAUGGCUAAUGCUGGAUUUUGGCUAUUGGCAUCACUGAACACACAUGAGAGCCAAAAAGGAUUAAGAGUGAAGUUUCAGGAUGUUGAAUGCUUUAGGGAUUAUGUUACGGAAGAGUAUGAUGAUUACAGUACCAGUGAAAGUGGACGAGGAUUAGAUGAGUCCUUCAACGUGUGGAAACCUAUGAAUGAAACAAUGUUUAAAAAUGAAAAAUCAAAACCUGAACCAAGCAUAAAUUACAUUGAUCCAGAGUCGGAUGAUUAUGCAAUAAUCCUUGGUAUAAGGUCACUGAAAAACAAUUAUAACAUUUUCAGUGGUGAUGAGAAACUACCGGAUGACAACAGUGAUGAGAGGAGCCCUAUAAAUGAUGCAGUGUUACAAAAUGGAAAAUCAAAAUCAAAGCCAAGCAAAAAUGAUGUUGAUCCAGAUUCAGAUUAUUAUGCCAUGCUUCUUGGUUUAAGUGCAGAAAACAACACAGGUGAAAAUAAUAUGCCAGAGUUGGACCGGCCCAUUAUAAAUAGCACUGAUAGUGCGCUACUUCACAUUGAUGGGUUGCAAAACAUAACUCAUUUGGAGUUUGAGUUAGAUAACAACCUUACUGCAAAAGUUGAUCAAAAUGAAAGUACAACAGACUCGCUGAUCAAAAUAUCUCUGGAGCCAGCAAAUCUUACAAUUAAAGGAACUAUCAGUAUCACCCCUACUCCCAGUAACAUUUCAUUUCUACAAUUUACUGACAGUGAAAAACCAGAAAACAGACACUAUACAUCAUUAGUAACAAAUGAAACAAGGCCACUGCUAUUACCCCAACCAUCAAAGAUUCAUAAAGAGAAUGAGACAGAGGCACAAUCCUCAAUGCUGAGCUCUUUGGAGGUUGAAGACAAUGAUGACAGGUUAAGGGAAAAUAUUUUUAUUUACAGUGUACCUGCUCUUAACUCUCAUAGUAGCAAAACAGACGAUGACAAUAUUGUGCUUUUGGAUAAUGGUCAAGUAAUAGAAAAUAAUAGCAAUGAGCAUUCAGUCGAGUACAGCCUCUCCCCUACAGAAGUUCCUAACACAUUUCUGCACAGUACCACUCAAGCAACAUGGCCUGAGGAAACCCAAAACUUCAGUGAAACAAAGGGUUUUCAAGAAUCAAAUAACACCCAUGUGGACUCAAAAGUAGAUAAAGAAUUAAAUGCCACCCAUGGAGACCCAAACUUUUUAGAGGAGAAAAAUGAAUUUAAUAAUACCCAUGUGGACUCCAAAUUCUCAUCGAAAGAAAAUCAAACAUUAAAUGCCACCCAUGUGGACCCUGAGUUUUCAGUAGAGGAAAAAAAGGAAUUAAAUAGAACGCAUGUGGACUCCAUAUUUGAAGUGGAUAAUAAUAAGGAAGUGAAUAAUACCCAUGAUAAUAUCAAAGACAUGAACAUAGAAACUAACCUGGAAAAGUUCAGAGAACUUUCUAGCGCCCUAGACCAACCAAACGUAAAUAUUCAAGAGCCCAACAGCACCAAACUAGACUGCAAUUUUUCCAACAAUACUUUGAAUGAUUCUAAUACAUUCUUUGAUAGUGAGAGCAGAAAGAGAACAAACUUGACUCAGAAUGUUACAUGUUCAGCCAUAGUUGCUUUUAUUGACAAUGCCCAUAAUGAGACAAGCCUAAAAGUCAGCAACAACUGGACAUCCUCAGAAGAGUUCAGUUCAGAGAGCAUCAAGAAUAAUUCCUUUCCUAAUGGCAUUUUCAACAUUUCAUCUCCAGAAAGGAACAGCUCCUACAAUAAUAUCCUACUGCCAAAUAGCAGUUCAGAGCAAGUUUUACCAGAUGUUGAAAAGACUCUUAAUGAAGUGAUCAUCUAUCUAAAGGGCAACAACAAGACUAUGGCCAUUCUCAGCACACCUUUGGAUGCACAAGGAAAGAAUUGGAGCUAUGAUGGUAAACAUGAGAUGGUGCCACUGGAGUUCCCAGAUCACAUGAACAAAUACAUAACAGACAAGCAUCCAAACAGUGCAAAAAAAGAGAAGAAAAAAAUACAUCUAGAAAGGGUAACACCAAAGAAAGGGUAUGGCAUGAAGACAAAAAAGAUGAGGGAGUACAAACCACAACAACGUGGUAUCUUAUCUCCACGUAGCUUUUCUUCACUAGGAGCCACUCCACCUCUGUUAACACCAAGGGGCCAUAGGCCCAUACUCAGUGAAGAAGACAUGGGGCCAAAAUCCAUAGUCAUCGGUGUUCCCAGGAAUGACUUCAAUGACUAUGAAAUAUAUGUUCCCCAUGGUGAACAUGAUUUUGAUACUGACGACACCCCAGAUGACCUAGACGAAUAUGAAUAUGUUGAAUACAAAUACCCAUAUGGUAAGCGGCCUCAAACAGAAAUGAAUGCACUUGAUGAAGUAACUAAAUAUUCAUUGCAAAUUGCUGGCCUCAAGUCCAGGGUUUACUUCAUUACUGCUGAAGAAAUUAACUGGGAUUAUGCAGGCUAUGGACAAAGGAGGGAAGAUAAAGCCUCAGUGAAGGAGAGGCCUACGCUGUUCAAGAAAGUGCUGUUCAAGUCAUAUUUGGACAGCUCCUUUACAACCCCAGACACUCGUGGAGAGGUUGAUGAGCAUCUUGGAAUUAUGGGUCCAGUCAUUAAGGCUGAAGUUGAUGAAACCAUAUACAUUGUGUUUAAAAAUCUUGCCAGCCGCCCAUACUCACUGCAUGCAAACGGGGUGUCAUAUAGCAAAAAUAUGGAGGGGCUGAAAUAUGAUGAUGGCUCACCUUACUGGUACCAGUACGAUGAUGCGGUGCAACCUAAUACAACUUUUACAUAUAUUUGGACAGUAAAUGACAAGGUGGGACCGUUAAAUGGUGAAUCUGACUGCAGAAUAUGGACCUACUACUCUGGUGUAAAUCCUGAGCGAGACAUCCAUUCUGGACUGAUUGGGCCUCUUCUGAUUUGUAAGAAAGGCACCCUGGCUAAAAAUUCAUUAGACAAACAAGAAUUUAUGCUACUUUUUAUGACGUUUGAUGAGAACAAGAGCUGGUACUAUGAGCAAAACUAUGAGAUUCUCAAGAAGACAAACAAAAGAGCAACAAUGGACCCAAAUUUCAACAACAAUAUCAAAUUUCAUGCAAUCAAUGGAAUUAUAUACAGCCUUAAAGGACUCCGCAUGUAUGCUAAUCAGCUUGUAAACUGGCAUCUCAUAAACAUGGGCUCUUCAAAAGAUUUCCACAGCAUUAACUUUCAUGGCCAAACAUUUUUAAACAAGCAUAACGACCCUCAUCGUCAGGGAGUAUAUCCACUUUUACCAGGAGGUUUUGCAACCCUGGAAAUGUUUCCCUCAAAGCCAGGGCUCUGGAUGUUGGAGUCUGAGGUCGGAAUCUCCCAUCAGAGAGGGAUGCAGACCCUAUUUUUAGUGUUAGGCAAUGUAUGUGACCACCCUCUUGGUUUGACUUCUGGAGCGGUUAAGGACAGCCAAAUUACAGCAUCAGAUUCUCGAGGUUACUGGCUUCCCAAUUUGGCUAGACUGCACAAUACAGGAAAAUACAAUGCAUGGAGUACAACAAAUUCAGACCAGUGGAUUCAGGUAGACUUCCAACGGCCAGUGGUGAUCAGUAAAAUAGCCACACAGGGAGCCAAACAGAUCUUCACCUCUAACUAUGUUUUAAACUACACAAUCUUCUAUAGUACAGACCGCAAAAGAUGGAGUUGGUAUAAGGGGGAUAGCAAAACGUCAAGAAAGACUUUUGAUGGCAACAGGGAUGCCCAUGAAGUGAAGGAGAAUAUAUUCUUCCCACCAAUUAUUAGCCGUUAUGUGAGGCUUUUCCCCUCACAUUCAUAUAAUUAUCCAACUCUUCGUAUGGAGUUCUUUGGAUGCGAGUUAGAUGGAUGUUCUGUACCUUUGGGAAUGCAGAGUGGAGAGAUAAGUGAUAAACAAAUCACAGCCAGUUCUGUUGCUUCCAACUGGUAUUCUAGCUUGUGGCAGCCUUGGUUGGCCCGUCUUGAUAAACAAGGAUCCGUCAAUGCUUGGCAAUCCAAGAGUAAUGACAUGCAGCCAUGGCUCCAGAUAGAACUAAAGGAUGUAAAGAAGGUCACUGGAAUUGUUACCCAGGGUGCAAAGUCACUGAAAACAGAAAUGUUUGUAACCACUUAUGUUUUAGAGUACAGUGAUGAUGGCAAGAAAUGGACCAAGUACACAGAUAAUGAGGACUAUGAAAUAAAGACAUUUAUGGGAAACUCUGAUAACAAUGGUCAUGUGAAAAAUUAUAUUUACCCUCCAAUAUUCUCCAAAUAUAUUAAAAUUAUUCCUACAAAAUGGCAGAAUGCUGCCACCAUGAGGAUUGAACUACUGGGAUGUGAUUUUUGAAUAAUGACCUUUCAUCGUUGUUUUAUCCUGUUGUACUAAGCCCACAUAUUUUGGAUAAUAAUUUUAUAUAUUUAUAUUUCUAAUGUUUGUGAGUUAUAAUUCUGUAAUAAAAUU